AUGUCCAAGCUUUCCGAAGAGGAAGAAAAAAUUGCUAGAGCUGCGCUUGAGGAAAAUUAUAUAUUGCGCCAGAUGUUGCAAGAAUCUGCUAAUGGCGGCUGCGGUGACGAAGAACAUAGUGGAACGAGUGUGGAUAAAGUUGAUAGUAUAUUUGCACUCAGGCGUGGAAAUGAAAUUUUGAAGGGGGAAAUUGCAGACCUACAAAGUCAAAUUGAUGCCUCUGGCGUCAGCGCCGCAGAAACUGUUCACAAGUUUAAUCAAUUACAAAACAAAAGAGCGCAAUUGCGAAAUGAAAACCGAGGCCUAGAAAAUAUUGCGAAUCAUCAAGCACCAAAAGUGAAGGAGGUGAAUCGUCUUGUUCUUAAUCAGUUAACGAUGAAGAGGUCAUGUGAUGAAAAAAAUAGAGUCUCAAAGGAGGAAAUAAAAAGACUGAAAGAUAUCAGAGAAAAGGAGAUGGAAAAGCUUUAUGUUACACUGCGUAAAGAGGCUUAUCUCAAGGAGCAGCUUGAAAAUGCCAAUUUGGCGUCAAAUAGUUCUGAUAGUCAGACACUUAGGAACGCUAUUCUCUCGAAAGAUAAAACAAUUCAAAAACUCGAAGAGGAUAUUGAGAGGUCUCGAACCAAUCAAAGGAAACCAUCUGACGAUGAGAAUGGAUAUAGCGAAGACAGUCUCGCAAAACUUCGCAAAGAACAUGAUAGUCUUCGCGAACAAGUUCAAACGCUACAGGCGCUACUUCAAGGAUCACCCCAAAGGUAA